AUGUCCAUGGGCGACGGCCUCGUGAAGUUGGGAGUGCAUUGCGUUACUGGCAAGAAGGUCGCCAUAAAAAUUAUCAAUAGAGAAAAACUUAGCGAAUCCGUAUUAAUGAAGGUCGAACGAGAGAUAGCCAUUAUGAAGCUGAUAGAACAUCCUCACGUACUUGGAUUGUCUGAUGUGUACGAAAACAAGAAAUACUUAUAUCUAGUAUUGGAGCACGUAAGUGGUGGCGAACUUUUUGAUUAUUUAGUUAAAAAAGGGAGAUUGACGCCCAAAGAGGCGAGGAGAUUCUUUAGACAGAUUAUAUCGGCCUUGGAUUUCUGUCACAGCCAUUCGAUAUGUCAUCGCGACCUGAAACCGGAGAAUCUUCUUCUUGAUGAAAGAAACAAUAUCAAGAUAGCUGAUUUUGGUAUGGCAUCUCUUCAGCCGGCUGGAUCCUUGUUGGAAACUUCGUGUGGGAGCCCGCACUACGCUUGCCCGGAAGUUAUAAGGGUAUUUUAG